CGUCCACCUGCUGCCCCAGGCUCCUGCACCGCCCCGAGGCUCACACACCUCCAUCAUGAAGCUCCUGCUUCUCCUGCGUCUGCUCCUCCUGGGAACCUCCUGCUGUGCCUCCAUUCUGGGCCCCAUUGAGAGCUUGCAGGAAGAGAAUAGGGAGACCACACCACAAGAAGCGAAACGACAGCCAGUCGUCAGCGACACCGUCACGACAGCCGUGCACGACCUCCUCACCAGGCACCAGAAAAGUAUUAAUGACCGGCUUAAGGUAAUAGAAACAUUCGUCAGUCGCAAGUGUGAAAACCCCGGCGACUUAGACAAGAACACUAAAGCGAGUGACAUAGAAGCCACACUGCCAGCCAUGCUAGACAGAUAUAUGGAACAGAUGACCAUCCUGACGAAGGUAAUGACGGACGACUUGAAGCGUGAGUUCCGCGAGGAGACUCGCCUGGUGGGCAAGAUGCUACAGGAACAGUUGGAUACUCUACCUACGAAGUCCGAUCUUCGUCAAGUUGAAAGUCGCGCAUGUGGCCAAAAAGUAAGCAUAGACAGUGAAGUGCCCGAGGUACCUGGCCAAACAGCUGCCAGGAACCUGUCACAACAGCUCUCGCCCAGCUCUCUCACCUGGGAGCACCUGGACCAGCGCCUGGAUUUACUAAAUCGUCGCCUAGAUGACAUCACCAGGCUGCUGGGAAAUGUCUCAUCAGUUGAGGUUCUUGAGUACUCUAGAAAAACCUUCAAGUCGCUAGACGUUCUUCAGCCAGUAUAUAACUCCCUGACGAAGGUAAUGGACAAGUGUCAGCUCAAGGAGGGGUCGUACCGUCAGCUGGAGCGGCUGGAGGAACUACUGCAGCAACUGGUGCAGGAGGUGGAUGAGAAUGGCAGCGCACUCACCGGUAUGUCGCUUGCUCUUGAAGACACAGAAAACACGUUGGUCGAAAAACUGGAGGCGCUGCAGGAGGCAACACAGCAACUGAACGAGAACAUGCUGGCGCCGGCAGCCACCACCAUCCAGCAGCCCUCAACCACCACCACUACUACCAUCCCUCCAGGAACGAUGGGUCCAUGCCUGGACAGCGAGUUCGUGGGGGCCGUGAGCGCCCUCAACCUAUGCAAGGCGGCGCUCCGGUACGACAAGUGCUUCCUGGGUAUCGUGGCCUACCACUGCUGCCGGACAUGUACCGACGCUGGCCGUAUUCCGGACGUUGGACUUCAUCGCUACCUACACUACCCCCGCAGGAUCAACCUAUUGUUGGGGCGGUAGAUAGUAGAGGUAGAUCAAGCACACUGCCUGUAACCUAAGUUUCAACUGAAGCCACUCUGGGUGUUGAGGCAUCUAUCUGAUACCAAAUAAAGUUUGUACACGUUAUCCGCUUACAUUUCUUCCUCUUCCUCUCACACACUGUAGAGAGGUAGAAAGUAUGUUGUUGCUAUGAUAGAUGGUACAUACAACCAGAGUAGAUUUAUCUGUUGCAAGAAGGGAAGAUUAUGGAGGCAGGAGAGGCUAAAAAAAAUCUAACUUGCAGAUAACAAUAAUAUUAUUAUUAAUAUUAUUAUUAUUAUUUUCAUUAAUACAUCACGUUAAUGUGAUUUCUUUGUGCAUUUAAAGGGAGAGUUAGAGGAAGACCUCCUACACCACACCAGAAUUCCAGAGGGAGGGAGAGAAAUAGUGAGGAAAGUAGACACAGUGUGUGAGAGGAAGAGGAAGAAAUGUAAGCGGAUAACGUGUACAAACUUUAUUUGGUAUCAGAUAGAUGCCUCAACACCCAGAGUGGCUUCAGUUGAAACUUAGGUUACUUUACUUAUAGCAUGUCGUGGUUGAGAGGUUUAAGGCGUGCGCUAGGAAGUGCCUAGGUCGCAGGUUCGCAUCCCUGCACUGCUCCAAUUUCCUUGUGUAUUAUUAUUAAUAUUAUUAUUCAUUAUUAUUAUUAAAUUAACAAUAAUAAUAAUAUUAUUAUUAUUAUGAAUUAUGAAUUCUUACUGAAUGAAUGAAUGAAUUAAUUAAUUAUGAAUUUACUUACUUAGUGAACCACGUAUUAUGAAUACGUGGUUACGUAACAGUGAACAGAUGGAGCGUGUAGCGAGUACAAACAAUAUACUCACUACGAGCGUAAAGCAGUGAGACAUUGUCCGUAAGGUCGUUAAUCACGCCCGAUCUUCCUGAUGAAGAUCCCAGGGUGAGGUUUGACCUGCGGCGCUGUCAAGGUGUUGACAGCUUCGGGGGGGGGGGGGGGUCGAGGCUCCCCCCCCCCCAGGCAUAGUGACCUGUGAUCUAGACAUGUGGCUGUACUCUGUGUUCCAAGGGCACGCUGCCUCCACAAUCUGCUGCCUCUUGCGCAUUGCUCUGCCCUCAACAAUCACCAAUUAUAUUUACCAUGAAAAAUUUACUUGCAAAAAUUAAAAAAAUAAGUAUUCUUCAAAUCGUGAAAAUACGAAAAUAAAACCCAAUUUAUAUGUUGCUAUUGUUAGAGUCUUUUAAUUUGUCAGUUAUAUUAGAAGCCCCACUGAUGGUAGUCCUGCUGUGCCCUGUUGGUAGAGCUGGUAGAUAGUAAGAGGCAAGGAGAGUAGAUAAAGGUAUACUGGGCAGAUACAUGGUGGUAGAUUGGCUGGAGAAAUAUGCUGUAUGAUAUCCAUGCUGCAUCAACAAGCACAGGCUACUGUUGUAUAGUGAUAAUUAUCAGUAAAACUGCUGUACCAUUUAUUGAAUAAAACUGAUCCACAAUG